AUGCGCUGGACGAAUUUCAUUGAGCGUGUUCAAAUCAUCACCGCAAUAUUCUCAUGUCUUCUGAAUAUUCUUCUAACUUUUCUAAUCCUCAAAAAAUCCCCAAAACAACUUGGAGCAUAUAAAUAUUUGAUGCUCUACAUUUCCUGGUUCGAAAUCGCUUAUUCGAUUCUGGAUGUAAUCGUUUCACCAAUCAUUUAUUCCAAAGGAGCACUUUAUAUGAUUAUUGUUGUUACAAAGGUUUCAACGUUAUUUUCCAAGCACGCUCUAUUGAUAAUUGAAUGUAUUUGGACAGGUUUCUUUGGAACAUCAAUGGGUAUUUUCGCGCUACAAUUUGUUUAUCGAUAUUUCGUGGCGGUUGGAUCGAUAAAUUUGAAAUAUUUCAAAAGUUAUCGGAUUUUUCUAUGGAUGUUAAUUCCUGUAUUUUUCGGUGCAAUUUGGGGAACCACUUGUUAUUUUCUGGUUUCACCAAAAACCGAAAUCAAUGAUAAAAUGAGAAAUACAAUUUUAUAUGUUUUUGGUUGGAACAUCGAAAAGGAUAUCACUUAUAUUGGCCCAUAUUUCUUUGAGAGAAAACCUGAUGGUUCUAUCGAAAUAUUCUAUGAUUCAAUGAUUGGAGUGAUGAUUUUAUGGGCAAUUCUCACAACAUCAUUUAUUAUAACACCAUAUUUCGCAAUCAAGUGUUAUUUGAAGCUGAGACAAGGAAUUGAGAAGAAGAAAUCUGAAAUUUCACGGCGUUUUGGAAAUCUUCAAAAUCAAAUUUUCUAUGCUCUUGUUUCUCAAACUAUAAUUCCAGUUAUUUUAAUGCAUAUUCCUGCAUCUUUGGUGAUUAUUUUAUCCAUUUGUGAUAUCGAAUUAGAACAUUUCGCAAGUAUUUUUUCAAUAACUGUGGCACUUUUUCCUGCGUUAGACCCGCUUCCGACGAUGUUUAUUAUCAAAAAUUAUCGAUUAGCUAUUUUUAAUUUUUUCAAGUUUUUAAUUACGAAAUUUAUAGUAA